CCCCAAACAUGGCCGCGCCCAGAGGUCUCGUCGGAAGCCGUUCCUCCACCAUCAUGUGACGCGGGCCGUCGCCUCACCCGUCUGCAGCCACUCCCUGUCUCCGUCCCCAAGCUCGAGAGGACCACCUGACUCUGCCGGGGCCAGUCACGUGAGGCGCGGAUCCUGGGUGGAAAGGGGUUGGCAGAGGGGUCUGGACUGGCAGUAAAGGAGGAAGAUGGCGGGGUGCAGGGGGUCCCUGUGCUGCUGCUGCCGGUGGUGUUGCUGCUGCGGUGAGCGUGAGACCCGCACCCCCGAGGAGCUGACCAUCCUUGGAGAAACACAGGAGGAGGAGGAUGAGAUCCUUCCAAGGAAAGACUAUGAGAGUUUGGAUUAUGAUCGCUGUAUCAAUGACCCCUACCUGGAAGUUUUGGAGACCAUGGAUAAUAAGAAAGGUCGCAGGUAUGAGGCGGUGAAGUGGAUGGUGGUGUUUGCCAUUGGAGUCUGCACUGGGCUGGUGGGUCUCUUUGUGGACUUCUUCGUGCGCCUCUUCACCCAGCUCAAGUUUGGAGUGGUACAGGCGUCGGUGGAGGAAUGUAGCCAGAAAGGCUGCCUCGCCCUGUCCCUCCUUGAACUUUUGGGUUUCAACUUGACCUUUGCCUUCUUGGCGAGCCUUCUGGUCCUCAUCGAGCCAGUGGCAGCAGGUUCUGGGAUACCCGAGAUCAAGUGCUAUCUGAACGGUGUGAAGGUGCCCGGAAUCGUCCGUCUCCGGACCCUGCUCUGCAAAGUCUUUGGGGUGCUAUUCAGUGUGGCUGGAGGGCUCUUUGUGGGGAAGGAAGGCCCCAUGAUCCACAGUGGAGCAGUGGUGGGAGCUGGCCUCCCUCAGUUUCAGAGCAUCUCUUUACGGAAGAUCCAGUUUAACUUCCCCUAUUUCCGAAGUGACAGAGACAAGCGGGACUUCGUAUCAGCAGGGGCGGCUGCUGGAGUCGCUGCAGCUUUCGGGGCUCCCAUUGGCGGUACCUUGUUCAGUCUGGAGGAGGGCUCAUCCUUCUGGAACCAAGGGCUCACAUGGAAAGUGCUCUUUUGUUCCAUGUCUGCCACCUUCACCCUCAACUUCUUUCGUUCUGGGAUUCAGUUUGGAAGUUGGGGUUCCUUCCAGCUCCCUGGAUUGCUGAACUUCGGCGAGUUUAAGUGCUCUGACUCUGAUAAAAAAUGUCAUCUCUGGACAGCUAUGGAUUUGGGUUUCUUCGUCGUGAUGGGGGUCAUUGGGGGCCUCCUGGGAGCCACGUUCAACUGUCUGAACAAGAGGCUUGCAAAGUACCGUAUGCGAAACGUGCACCCGAAACCUAAGCUCGUCAGAGUCUUAGAGAGCCUCCUGGUGUCUCUGGUAACCACCGUGGUGGUGUUUGUGGCGUCGAUGGUAUUAGGAGAAUGCCGACAGAUACCUUCUUCGAGUCAAAUCGGUAAUGACUCAUUCCAGCUCCAGGUCACAUCAGAAGAUGUGAAUUCAAGUAUCAAGACCUUUUUUUGUCCCAAUGAAACCUACAAUGACAUGGCCACACUCUUCUUCAAUCCCCAGGAGUCUGCCAUCCUUCAGCUUUUCCACCAGGAUGGUACUUUCAGCCCCAUCACUUUGGCCUUGUUCUUCGUGCUCUAUUUCUCGCUGGCGUGUUGGACUUACGGCAUUUCUGUUCCAAGUGGCCUUUUUGUGCCUUCCCUGCUGUGUGGAGCUGCUUUUGGACGUUUGGUUGCCAAUGUCCUCAAAAGCUACAUUGGAUUGGGCCACGUCUAUUCAGGGACCUUUGCCCUGAUUGGUGCCGCGGCUUUCUUGGGUGGGGUCGUCCGUAUGACCAUCAGUCUCACUGUCAUCCUGAUUGAGUCGACCAACGAGAUUACUUAUGGGCUUCCCAUUAUGAUCACCCUGAUGGUGGCCAAAUGGACAGGGGACUUCUUCAGUAAGGGCAUUUAUGAUAUCCACGUGGGGCUGCGAGGAGUGCCGCUUCUGGAGUGGGAGACAGAGGUGGAAAUGGACAAACUGAGAGCCAGCGACAUCAUGGAGCCCAACCUGACCUACGUCUACCCGCACACCCGCAUCCAGUCCCUGGUCAGCAUCCUGCGCACCACGGUCCACCACGCCUUCCCGGUGGUCACAGAGAACCGCGGCAACGAGAAGGAGUUCAUGAAGGGCAACCAGCUCAUCAGUAACAACAUCAAAUUCAAGAAGUCCAGCAUCCUCACCCGAGCCGGCGAGCAGCGCAGACGGAGCCAGUCCAUGAAGUCCUACCCGUCGAGUGAGCUGCGGAACAUGUGCGAUGAGCACGUCACCUCCGAGGAGCCGGCCGAGAAGGAGGACCUCCUGCAGCAGAUGCUGGAGCGCAGAUACACUCCCUACCCCAACCUAUACCCUGACCAGUCCCCAAGUGAAGACUGGACCAUGGAGGAACGCUUCCGCCCUCUGACCUUCCACGGCCUGAUCCUUCGGUCACAACUGGUCACUCUGCUCGUGCGAGGGGUUUGUUAUUCUGAAAGCCAAUCGAGCGCCAGCCAGCCGCGCCUUUCCUACGCCGAGAUGGCCGAGGAUUACCCACGGUACCCUGACAUCCACGACCUGGACCUGACACUGCUGAACCCGCGGAUGAUCGUGGAUGUCACCCCGUACAUGAACCCUUCGCCCUUCACUGUUUCACCAAACACCCACGUCUCCCAAGUGUUCAACCUGUUCAGGACGAUGGGCCUGCGGCACUUGCCCGUGGUGAAUGCGGUGGGAGAGAUCGUGGGGAUCAUCACACGACACAACCUGACCGAUGAGUUUCUGCAGGCCCGGCUGCGGCAGCACUACCAGACCAUGUGAUGGCUCGGCCUCGCUGCCCCUCCAUGGGCUGGCCCUCUCUCCCAGAGCUGCCUCCCCAGGCAGCUCGCUCA